GUGCGUGUGUGUGUGUGUGUGCGUGUGUGUGUGCGUGUGUGUGUGUGUACCCCAGGAGGUCUCCCAGUGAGAGUGAAAUUGAAACAAGCCGAUGUAUAUAAAACUGUUAGUGUAGUCCUGAAUUCAUUUGCUUGCAGUCACACAAGCCAACUUUGUACCAGAUAGAUUCAAGGGUGAAAAAAUGGGAGGAUCAGACUCACAACCAGAAAAACCAUAUCAACCACCACCAACACCACCACCAAAUCCAGAACUGGAUAAACCAUGGAGGCAGUUUGACUGGGGACAAAAAGAAGCCCUGAGAAAAUGGCUGGAAAACUUUUCUCCGUGUAAUCCUGAUGUAAAGAACAUCAAGAUAUUGAUAGCUGGACAAGCUGGAGCAGGAAAGUCCAGCUUCAUUAACUCUAUAUAUAGUGUCUUUCAAGGACGGAUAUCUUCUAGGGCACCAGUUAACUCAAGUGAUGGAGACAGUCAUAGUUAUACACAAAAACUCAAAGAAUUCACCAUCAAAACAGAAAAAACAACUUUGCCCUUGGUCUUCAAAGACAUCAUGGGUUUAGAAUAUGAGGAAUUUCAAGGAUCAAAAACAGAAGAUAUCAUCAAAGCUGUGUUUGGCCAUGUGAAAGAUGGCUAUAAUUUCAACAAGGAGCAGUCAAUCGAUUAUAAGGAUCAACAUUACACCAGUGACCCCAGCCUCUCCGACCAGUGUUUCUGUGUGGUUUACAUCAUAGAUGGAAGUACAGUUCAGUUCACAGAUGAUCGACUGAUUAAAAAGUUGCAGGUCAUCCGCAAGAGAAUCAGUGAUAAGGGGAUUCCUCAAGUGGUUGUCAUGACCAAAGUGGAUGAAGCAUGUCCACUGGUCAAAACUAAUCUAAGAAAGAUCUACACAAGCAAGAAGAUCAAAGAAAAGAUGGAGCUGUGCAGUGCCAGCAUUGGUGUCCCAAUGACAAACAUCUUGCCAGUGAAGAACUACCAUAAUGAGAUUAACACUAAUAAUGAUGUUGAUGUUCUGAUACUGAAGGCUCUUGAACAGAUUGUUAAGAUUGCCAAUGACAGAUUGGAGGAUAAUGAAUUGUACUGAAACAGUCAUUUGAGUAGGAUAAAAUGUAAAUAAUUGAGAAGGAAAAUAGUCUAACUAGACACAAUAGAGGAUUUUAUGUGUUUUGCCAUACAUGUACUUUAAUUGUUUUUCUCAAUAAUGCAUAUAUUCAGCAUGAUCUCAACAUUAAUAAAGGUACCUGAAGUUAUAUGUACACCCAA